AAAAGGUACAGAUUUUAGACAAGAUUGUAAACUAUGGAGAUUAAUCUAAAUGAAAUGUAAAAAUUCUUGCUCUGGACUGAACUCUAAUAUACCAGGAUUUUUCUUUAGUUAUUUACUAGGAUAAUUAACAAACCUAAACACGAGGUCUGAUUGGCAAAAGAUGGCAACGGGUGGAAAUCUUGGAAGUUUACAGAAUGACGCAUCUGACGCGUUACAUGAUUACACAUGUGCACCAUGUUCUGACGACGGCAAAAACACGGAGGCUAUGUUUCAGUGUACUGACUGUCAAAUCUUCUAUUGUCAAAGAUGUGUGACGGGUCACAACAAAUUCACCAAAAACCACAAUGUAGUUGACAAGGCUUCGAAAUUCUUUGGUCAAGAUAAAAGACAAACAGGAUCAGUUACAUCAAGUGCACUGCCGACAAAUUUGUGCGAGGAACAUCUAGGGCAAGUUAUACAGAUGUUCUGUGGACAACAUGACACAGUGUGCUGUACAAUCUGCAUUGCUGUGAAACACAGAUCCUGUGAAGGCGUAGAUUAUAUCCCAAACAUUGCCAAAGGUCUUCUCAAGACACAGGAUAAGGCCAAAACUAAAACAUCUUUGGAAAAGGUUAAAGACGAUUUGCAGAGUCUGAAGUCCAGGAGGCAAAAUGAAUUGAAAAAGCUACGUACGCAACGUGAUGAUAUAAUUGACGAAAUACAUCAGUCUAAGAAACGUACUUUUGAAAGAGUUGAAGAGUUAGCGAAGAUAUCAAUAAAAGAGGUACAGGAUAAGCAUAAAGAGAUAGAUGAUGCUGUAACUGUUAGCAUCAAUAACAUCGAUGGCAUGAUGAAAGAUGUGGAACUGGAACUCGAAAAAUUCAGACAUUCAAAUAGUGACAACGAAGCUCAGACAUUUGUGGACAUAAAGUAUGGGGAAAAGACGCUUUCAGACGUAAAUGAUUGCGUCAAAAAAUAUCUUGCCACAGUAUCGGAGACCUUGGAAUUUGAAGUGAACAAUAGCAUAGAUACUUGUUUAAAUGCGUUGCAGUGUCUUGGUAAACUUACAGUUGGGAUCACAGAUAACGUUCUUGGUAGCUUAUCAAUGGAUGACUUUCCAGAACAAAAUGCACUACCGCAACACACGGAACAGUAUGGGAACUCUGUUACAAGCCCAAUUCCAUGCGUUCCCGAUGAACGGCAAACAUAUCUUGGUGUAAACAGUAAAUCAACAGCCCAUACUGAUUACAACAGUUGCCCGUCUCCCUCAUUUUCUUUUGACUCUCCUACGACAACGGCCAGUAACGGCUCAAGAAUAAAUCCCAAAGCAGUUACAUCUACAACUACUUCAUCUGGUGGACCAAUGUUUGGUUCAAGGUCCACACGUCAACCUUCUAGAAGAAAUAUUUUUGAAAAACCAGUUACUUCAAGCAGCCUCUUUGGAGCACCAGCUACAUCAAGUAGACACUUUGCAAACAGUCCCUUUGGACCACCUGUUACUUCAAACGGCCUCUUUGGAACACCAAGUGCUGCAAAUAGCCACUUUGGAACACCAGUUACCAGAAGCGGUCUCUUUGGAACGUCAGGUGCUGCAAGCAAUCUCUUUGAUUUCUCUGGAACACCGGUUACCCAGAGUGGCCACUUUGGAGCGCCAGGUGCUGAAAACAGGUCUUUUGGUCCCUCUGGAACACCAUUUGCCCAAAGCAGCCUCUUUGGCACGCCAGGUGCUGCUAACAGCCACUUUGGAACACCAGUUUCCCAAAACAGCCUUUUUGGAACGCCAGGUGCUGCAAACAGCCACUUUGGAACACCCGUUUCCCAAAACAGCCUUUUUGGAACGCCAGGUGCUGCAAGCCCCUUUGGAGCACCAGAUACUUCUAGGAGCAUCUUUGAAGCGCCAGUCACUGCAAACAACCAUUUUUGAACACCAGUUACUUCAAGCAACCUCUUUUGAAUUUCAUUUACUUCAAGCAGACUCUUUGGAACACCAGUUGAUUCAGGCAGCCUAUCUGGAACACUACAUUCUGCAAAUCAACAGCCUCCUUGUAUCCUCAAUUGCUUCAAGUUACGUCUUUGGAACACCAGUUAUUGCAAACACCCUCUCUGAAACACCAUUUUCUUCGGACAGUGCCUUUCCAACUGUAAAAAAGCCUCUUUAGAACACCACUUACUGCUAGCAGUAUUUUUGCAGCACCUGUUACUUCCUGAAGCAACCUUAAGGAGCAGCUUUGGCACAUCAUUUACUUCAAACAGUGUUUUUGGAGCACCUGUUACUACAAGCAGACUCUUGCCGGCAGCAUCUCUGUAGUGUUGAUGCUCUUAGCCACAAAAUAGGAUAAAAGCUCAAACAACAAAAAACUGAGGCAAAUCUAAACGCUAUGUUUUGGUUAGCACAGACAGCUGGACUAAAGAUUUAUUAUAUUUUCUGAUUCUUUGUUAUCAAAGUAUACAUUAAUUAUCAUUAUAACAGAGUUUCGGUUUCUCUUGGUGGUGUUAGGCGACCGUGGACGUGAUUUCAUUUUUACGCCGAUACAAUUAUAGAUCAUAUUGCGUUUUCCCAGCUUUUGAUAGUGGAGGUAGGCCUCUUAUGUCCACCGAAUAUUAUUUCAUCAAGAACAGGCGCUGGCCUUCCGCAAAACUAGCUGUAUGUCUUCCUCAUCAUAUAAAGAAAUCUACGCCCGAGGCGGGCUAAAACCUAACACUGUGGGGAACAUAUGAUUUAAAGUCAGUGACCUUAACCUCUCUGUCACCUCUCGAACAGACUCGGUCAAAUCAAGUCUAUUAUAUCUUUGUUUGGUUACGUUAAAGGAUCUCAGAGGAUUUUCAAAAAGAUUUUACUGAAGUGGUUGACCUGAGCAAUGAAAAUAAAGCGUUAACAGCCAGUUAAGACGCCCUUACUCUGGCGACGGUAUUUGAAUUUUGAAUUCCGGAAAAGGACUGCAUAGGGGCCACGCUCUCGGACAGUACAACGCCAUUAGAAACACCAUAAACAACUGUUACUUAUCUUUUGAUGCAUUUGCAAUAAAGUCCAAGUGCAGAAACUUCACAUAACUAUGCGGUUGUUGAUUUCAGCAAUUACGUUUUUAUUUCUUUACAAAUGAUAUUCAUUUUCAAAGGGAGACAAAUAUUUCCAAGAAUGUGCAGUAUCUAUUAUACGGGAAACUACCUUAGAAUAUGUAAUGGUCAGAUAGAUUGUUUUACAUGUCAAAUAUUUCUUUAGUUGAGGAUAUACACGUAAACCUUAACACAUUUGUUUUUAAUCUUUUACAUGUAUCAACGCUGCGUUUUGGGCACAUUUAUGAGCAUCGUUUUUAUGACCGUUGUUUUUGAAUAUUUGUAUUAAUGUUUUGUUUUGAAUUUUUAUUAAUAUUGCGUUUUAAACAUUCUUACGAAAAUUGCUUUUAUGUCCUUUUUGUUUUAAUUUUCUAACUAAGCGUUAUGUUUUGAAUAUUUAUUAACGUUUUUUUUUUUAAUUUCCAAAUUAAUGUUGAGAAAAUGUUUUUGUGCUUUCAAGUCUUAUAUAUCCUGUUGCGUUUCGAGUUUCAUUCAGUUGAUGCACGUCAUAUCUGCAAGUCUGUAGCUCACAUUCUACAGAAUUUCACGAAAACAUAUAAUACCCCUCCAUCUUCCUCGAGGGAUAACAAAACAAAUUGCACUUCCGUGCUUACAAUGUAUAACAAUGAUCAAUCAUUCGAAUGAAAAAUUUUGUACAUCUGCAAAUGUCCUACCAAAGAAGCGCAUUGAGGACUUUUUACCAGUUUACAUCUGGCACGUCAUUUUCCAAUUUGUAAAUCUUCAAAAGAUAAAUCUGAAACAAU